AUGAAUCGUCUACCAAAUGAAAUCCUCCUGUUAAUUGCAGAGCAUACCGUGAAGGGAACUUGCUGGCGGGAGAGAUGUCGUACUUUGCAUGCCCUCAUACUGUGCUGUCAGCGAUUUUAUAAGCUAUUCCAAUCUCUCCUCUAUUAUGAUCUGAACCUGUGGAAUUUCUCGACUAGUGAAGUCCGACUGGUCAUACACCUAUGGAAGCAUCCCGAAUUGGCGAGUCGAGUGCGCAAAUUAGAGCUUUGCUGGCCUUCGGAUGAUGAAAACUGUCUGGAGGUGGAUGAUUACGAAGACGACGAGCAAUCCAGAGUGAAAUUCAUCGAGCAAGCACUACAGGAAAUAUUCACGCCUGAAGAGAAGGAGACAGAGUCCAAGUGGAAAGAUUGGCUACACGACUUUCGGGAGUGGGCUUGGAUUGGCGUGUUACUCGUCCGCUUGACUCAUCUUGAAAACAUCCAGUUUAAUCAAGGACAACACUCUAAAAUAAUAGUCGAUGUUCCACUUAAGGCAGCAAAACGACAUAAACCUUUCCAUGAUUCUCCUCCAUUCCCGUUUCUACGAAACGUUUGCAUCUUGUCUAAUUCAGGGGUCGACAAGAAAAUCAUCACUCCAUUCUUCUACUUCCCGAACGUCCGCUCAAUUCGUGGCGGCUCAAUCUGGGCCAAUACGGAAAGUGCAAAUAUUUUGGAUCCUUGCGAUAUGAUCCCCUCGUCCUACUCCGUCCGGGAAAUUGCAGUCUAUGGGGUCUAUCAUUGCCGUGGGAUGCUCGACUGGCUUGCAGCAUGUAAAAAACUCGAGCACAUUUCCAUCGAAGCUGCAUCUCAUCCUAACGAUGAUGAAAUCAUAUAUCCCCUUGAUUCUCUGGCAUUUCACCAUGCUAUUCUGCCCUUCAGAAAAACACGCAGGACUCUAGAAGUGACAUUCAGCAUUUUAUACAAUAACAGUCUUGUAGAAAACAAUGGAUGGGGCCUGAAAGAGGAUAAUAUACCUUUCCCGUCCUUGCAAGAUUUCUCUGUCCUCGAGAAUUUAAUCAUACGACAUGCUCAUCUCAUGAUCUUCCCGGACAUUAUGACUCUUCAACCCAGCAAUAUUCAGCUAAUUGAUAAGCUUCCGACCUCUCUAAAGAGACUCAGCAUUCGUGAUAUCGUGGAUGGGUUCUACUUUGAUUUGGAAUCAGAACUUCUGAGCAUGGUGAGGAACCGGCAUGCACUUCCCCACCUUGUUGCGCUGGAACUCGGGGAGAGCAAGAUUCUCGAUGAAUGUUCUAUUUUUGAGGAACCGUGUGAUAAGCUGGUAGUUGAAUGCAGAGCGGCAGGGAUUUGUUUGAGCUUGGUGCCUUAUGAAGAUACAUGGCCCCUGGCAGAACCGCUAUUAUUGUUCUAUGAAAGUUUAGCUUGAUAUAGCAGCGAUGAUGUUCCAAGACUGCAGUCGAUUGUGACGCGUUGAUCUUUAACACACGGGUUAGCUUGAAAAUUGUCCAGGAAAUGGUUUGAGAAUCACAUCGGUCAAUCUGAUAUAUGGAUCCUGG